AUGGUGGUAUCUAGUUCAUCAAGAAAUUUAAUACUUCAAAUUGUAAAUAAACUAAGACAGACGCCCAACCGCUUCUUGCUAAAGUCUGCCAUUGGGACUGCCUGGGCCACUAUGAGCCAAAAUGAACCCAGUGAAAAUGCUGGAAGUAGCCAAUCGAAACAGGGGUCUUUUGGGAACAGCGCUUUUUUGCAUCCUUCGAGAAGUAUUCUGAAGCAACGUAUGAACGAACAAGAUUCCAGGGAAAAUCUAACGAUUCCCACAUCAACGGUUUUAGAAGAGCCUUCUCACAGCCAAAAUGACAAGGAAGAGAAUAACACAACAUCGCGGAUUAAUACUGCAAAGCUGAAAGCUGAACGGAGGGUAUCGUUUGCUCCUGAUGUGACUUUGCAUAAGUUUGAUUUCGUGGAGGCGCGAGAUCCACCAUCGAUAAGAAUGCCUAGAAGAAGGCAGCACGAUAUUGCCAAGCCUUUUACUUCGGACUAUAACGUGUCUCUGACCAGAAAUGACCAGAAGGACGCAGAUGACUCCAACAUGGAUCUCACGUACUCUAACAACAUCGGAACGGCGCAACAACAAAUUGUUAAGCCAACAUACUACGAGAAGGACAUGGAAGGGAACCCAAAACGGCUUUCUUCUCCGUAUGAACCUGUUUUCAAUCAAGAAGUUUCUAUGGAGAUCACUCAGCUUUUCAGCAAGCAUAGUGCUAGACCGCAGGACUCCACAGGCGAAAGUUUGGCUAUGGAGACUUCCUCCAAGCAGCGUAAGUCGGAAGACGGUGAGACGAUGGAGAUUACCGAUUUUCAACAGAUUGAGAAGCUGCGUCGCCCGGAGGACUUGGACCUGGAGGCCCGGCAUGGUCAAAAUCUCAAUGUUUCAAGUAGCCCCGUAUCGGCAACACAUCGCAACGAUGACCCUAAAGAAACAAGUAUGGAGCUUACAGCUAUGAAUUUAAGGUCAAGUGGCCCUGCGAGAGAUGAAAUACCCUUUAGCGAACAUCCAAAUUUCAGACCAUCUCAAAUUGUCACCUCCACUCAAAGCACGAGGUCUCCAAAUGCUCCUACAAGGUUAAAUACUAAAAACAAGCAAGGCUCGACCAGGGGAGGAUUGUACGAGGAUGAGCAUGAUGGAAAGCGCCGAAAGCUUAGUACCUCGGGUAACGGUCUAGAUCACACUUUUUCUGGGCACACCCUGAAGGUUGCACAGGAAGAUAUGGAUCUUACUUCCAUGGAGAGAUUAUCUCCCAUUGAGCUCUCCGCUACUGUUGAUGAAAUUAUGAGCUCCCAAAACUUAGGGAGCAUCAAGAACGCGAUCUUUGAUUGGGAAAAAAGUCCACAUCGCAACGAAAAGUCGGAACAUCAGCAGCUAAGUGGACCCCACACUGGUUUGAGUUUGAGUCAAAAUCCAAUAUCAUUGCUGCAGUUCUUGACUGCAAGCGGUAUGGCAUUUAGACCAUUUGAAGACUUAUCCGCUGAGAAAUUUGCUGUCAAAUUUGAAUAUAUCUCUCCAGAAUCUAAACAGCCGACUUUAGCAACAUAUAUUUCUUUGCAUGCACAAAUGCCAAUUUUGGAAAUCUAUGCCUUUUGCUGUAAGGAGCUUUUACGGAGGACUGCACAAUCUAAAAAGGCUUUCGAUGAACUGGAAGAACAUUUUAAAAGUAAUACUGUGCCGUUACUUUUUACAAGCCUGAUAAAUUCUAGCGAUGCUAGACGCACUGGCAUGCUGGAGAAGAUGAAACUUGUCCAGCAAGCUUCGAAACUGCAGGCAAGGAAGGUUUGGUUCGAGUGGAGAGCGCAACAUCUGAAGGGGAUCAAGAGCGUCCUUGAUGAAAACCUUUUCACACUCAAGGAAGAAUUGAAAGAAGUGGAUAGGAUCAAAGACAAAACUUCGAAUGUCAGACAUCGAUUAGGGCUUUUGAAGCGUGCUCUGAUGCGAGAAUUUCAAGUGUCUAGAAAAAGUCGAGAGUUUCGAGACGGCAGGCCGUCUCUUGAAAAAAGACUCGAAAUAGAGAGGAUAAAGAAGGAGUUUGAGAGACAUUCGAUACAAGUCCAUGACGGUCCGAUGUUUUCUGGUGACAAAAAAUUACUGGGAGAUAAUAUCAAUUCGCUUUCUACCAAGCUCUCAAAGAUCAAAGAAGAAAUAAACGUUCUCCGAAGAAACAGAGAGCCAAACGAGGUUUCUAAAACAAACGAUUUGGCGCGUCUAAAUCUGCUAUUCGAUUUAAUUGAGAAGUUGAGCGGGUUCAAGUUGGUGAAUUGGAGCGACAAAACGAUUUCGGUUCGGAGCUUGCAAUGCGGAAUCACAUUUAACUUUAAUUUGGAAAAGUUAGAAAGCACAGAAGAUAUGAGUUACGAUCUUGAAAUUGGCAUUACCGAUUUUUCUCGGGAAAUACAACACAACGCUAUAAGUGCGGUGAAAAGUGAAGCAAAAACUUCAAACUUCCCCGCUUUCAUGCUAAAAUUACAAAAAGCAUGUCGAUUAAUCAAAAAGCUGGAGGAAGAUUAUGAGGUAUUGAAACUUUUAUACCCGACAAAGGUACUGAAAACGGCCCAAGGUUUUAAUCUGUUAGAGAUUCGUUACCGAGCGCCAGCAUUGAAAAUGAAUAUAAGCUUUUCGGUUCAAAAUCUGAGAAAAGCGUUCUUUGAGAAUGAUGUGCUGCUCUUGACUGUCGAAUAUUUUGCGUCAGAGGUUUAUCAAGUCGACGCGGCCAUUUCUUCUUUACGAUCCCAGACAAAGCAUGUGCUUCCCUGGCUACUGAGCAAUAUCCAAAUUACAAAUAAGCAUUAG